GCUCAAUUCGCUCCUACUCUCUCUCUUUCUGCUCUCUAAUCUCUCUUGCUAUACAAGUGCAGAAUCCAUGGCGGAUCAAGCACCGAACCAGUCCAUAAUGGAGUCCAAGCCGCCGCACCCGCUCUGCCAAAUCGCCGAGACCCCGACCCACAAGCUCCUCCUCAAGCAGUGGCUCAAGGAGGAGGAGCUCAUCCUCUCCCGCAUCGCCCUCAAGGAGACCCAGAUCGACGCCGUCCGCGGCGAGAUCACCCACCUCCACAUCUCCUUCUUCCUCUUCCACUCCCUCUCCCUCCUCCUCCUCUUCACCAUCCCCCGGGACGCCGCUGAAGCCGCCUGCCGCCGCUCCUGGAUCCCCUCGCUGUGCUCGCUCGCCUUCUCGCUCGGCAUCGUCUGGGCCGUGAGGUACAAGACCGACGUGGAGGUCCACCUGGAGAAGUUGCUGGAGCGGGAGAAGGAGGACGCCAAGUUGCUGGGGAAGUGCGUGGAGGAGUUGAAGAAAAAGGGCGUCGAGUUCGAUCUGUUGAAGGAGGUGGACGCGCUGCGGAGGGCGAAGAGCUUGCGCGUGGAGGCGAAGCCGGUGAGGAAGUGGUCGGCGAGGGACUUCGUGACUCUCUUCUUAUUCGCCGUGUCUUGCCUUGUGCUGGGGUUGAUGAGGGUCGUACUUUGCGAUUAGGGAACUUGUGCAGUGUCGUAGUCAGGUUUUUUUUUAGGUGGGUCAUUGGCAAGUGAUUUUGAUGAGGAAGAGACUGUUUGCUUGUGUUGCCAAAUUUGGCUGGGAUUGGGUGUUGGGCAGAUGCAGAAUAUGCUAUUCUGCUUUUGUAAUAUGGAUUCAUAUGAGAAGUUGAAUAAGCAUUUCCCCAGAUCCUUCUUUUUGUUGGGUGAGGAAUAUACCAGUUUAAAUUGGAUCAGAGGAUUCUCA